AUGGUAUUCUUCACAAGUCUGAAUGUAACAGUUAAUUUAGUAUAUGGGGAGCAUAAAGAUAAAGUAUGUUAUGUUAGUGAUUUUGAAUGUAAAGUUAGAAAAAGUAAUUCGACUACAUGUGAAACAGAAGAUGGUGAAAAAAUAAAAGUUACUGGUGAUUAUUUUUUCUAUAUGAAAAUACUUCGUGGUGAAAGAAAUCGUCGAUUAAAUUGA